GCUGAUCACAUGUAAACACGGAAAUGCCGGUUAUCGGCAUUUCUCUCCUCUCGAGCUGUCACGCUGACAGCUCGAGAGGGGACAUGUACACUGAUCAUCAGGGCACUGAUGAUCAGUGUGCCCUGAUGAUCAGUGUGGCCCCAGAAGUGCCACCUGUCAGUGUCCAUCAGUGCCAGCAGUCAGUGCUCAUCAGUGCCACGUGCCAGUGCCCAUCAGUGCCAGAUCAAUGCCACAUAUCAGUGCAUACCAGUGCACAUCAAUGCCACAUAUCAGUGCCCAUCUGAGCUGCCUUUCAAUGCCACCCAUCAGUGCCAGUCAGUGCCACCUAUCAAUGCCAAUCAGUGCCACCUAUCAGUGCUGCCAAUCAGUGCCACCUAUCAGUGCCAGUCAGUGUCGCCUAUCAGUGCGCAUCAGUGCCGCCUAUCAGUGCCAGUCAGUGCCGCCUAACAGUGCC